AUUUAUAGGGAAAUAAAGAUGAAAGACAUGGUAUUCUGCUAAGAUAUGUAACGUGAAAUGAAGUGAGCGAUUUAUAUAACGAUUGAGUGGCAGAAGGACAAAACAAGCCAAAUUACUGCUGGUAAAGAAGGUGCUGUGAUGCGAGUAGUGCGGUGUAAGAUUAUAUUUAUUUGGUGGGAAGAGCAUUUUGACAAGGCUAUUAAAACAGAGGAACGAACAAUUAACGUAUCCAAGAUACUCCAACAAAGACCGAACGAAUCACGAUAAAUGCCAACAUCAUGACAUUCAAAUACAUAGGUGAACAGCAAUACUUUUAAUGGGUCGUUUACAGGCAUAUGCGAGAGAACUAAUAAAUGGUCGUGCUAUAGUGAACGAUGAAGUGUAUGGUUUACGUAUGAGGUAAUAUGUUAUAGACGGAGCGUUUGUAACACGUAAGACAGAGUGUGUCCGGUGAGUAGCUGUGAUGGCUAAGGUGAAGUGUUAUGUGUGAAAUGUUCAUAGCGCGUAGAACGAAAUGCGCAUGUAAACCAUAAUCAAUGAAACAUUGCCGUCUUCACGAUAAGAACUGAUGGUUCGUACGGAUCAAUUAAUUAAUGUGAGCCUCCAUGACAGCACGUAGAAGUGACUAUAUGUAAUUGGUUACUGCGUAGCUAUCCAGAGAACACGUACUAUAGCACAUCCAACCAGUCUUAUCGUUGACGCAUCGCCAUUGAUGUGUCAUGUCGUGUUGCUCAUCGUCUCUCCCUCCUCCUUGUCAUUAAUUUCGUUUUCUGUGGUAAAAAUUUUAAAUAUAAGUAUAAAAUAAUUUACCCAUAGAAAAUGGCAGUACCUAUCAUUACAGAAGAAAAGAAAGAAGAAACCAACGUUGAUGAUAAAGCAAUCCUGAACAUAUAUGAGAGAUGGGAGGACUACUAUCUGAAAGACCCUCUGCUUCGCGGUAUUUACUCGAUUGGUUUUGAGACGCCUUCUUACAUCCAGAAGACAGCCAUUGGCCCGAUAUUGCAUGGAAGGGAUAUACGUGCACAAGCACAGAGUGGAACGGGCAAGACCGGUGCGUUUGCAGUUGCAUCUUUACAGCGCAUCGACGAGACACUCCCUGCCACACAGGUGCUGGUGUUGUGCAGUACCAGAGAAAUUGCGGAGCAGAAUGCAGCACGAACCACAGAAAUUGGAAAAAAUAUGGGAGUGUCUGUUCCCUUUCUUGCGGGCGGAUUUAACGUGGGAAGAACGAGAGAGGAGCUCUCUAAGAACCCUCCAAUCGUAACAGGCACGCCUGGACGUGUGUUGCACAUGAUAAGCACGGGCGACUUGAAAACAGACAACAUUUUCCUGCUCAUCAUUGAUGAGGCCGAUGAGAUGCUCAAGAGAGGUUUUAAAGACCAGGUAAGAGAAGUGUUUAUGUCACUGAAUAGAGAAAAAAUACAGGUGGCAAUGUUCUCAGCCACGUGGGACAAGAGUGAAAUGGAGGUUGCAGAUGACAUUCUCAGUGAUCCAGUGAUAAUCCAUCUGAGACACGAUGAGCAGACACUCAAGGGUAUUGAUCAGUACUUCGUUAAUAUUGGCAGCAAACCGUCACGUGGUGAAGACAUACAAAAGAUGGAGGUCCUUUUAGAUAUUUAUAGAAGGAGUGAGGUGGGCCAGUCCGUGAUAUUUGUCAAUUCGCGAUCAAAAGCUAAGUUUUUGUUUGAGGCCCUCAAGACACACAAGUUCCCGUGUGAGGUGAUACACUCCGAUCUUACGCAAAAUGAACGAUCUGAUGUUCUGAGAAGGGUGAGGAAUGGUGAGUGCAGAUGCCUUAUAGCCACAGGUCUUAUGGCAAGAGGAAUUGAUAUUCAGCAGUUGUCGAUCGUGUUUAAUUUUGAUCUUCCAAAAGGACUUGACAAGAGUACCUAUAUACAUAGGAUAGGACGAGCAGGUAGAUUUGGAAGGAAGGGAAAGGCUAUUAACAUUGUUUACCAGGAUGAGAUGGAGUGUAUCAAGGAAUUGGAAGGAUUUUAUUCUACGAUGAUAUCUCCUCUGCCUAAUGAUUUUAAUUUGAAAUAAAUUGAUUUUACUAAUGA